AUGUCCUCGAAAGGACAAGAACGGGCCAAGCAAAAUGACACGCCGGUAAUGCAGCAAACCCAUGUCAAUGGCAAUAAUCAUCGAGACCAAAAUAAUAACGAAGAUGAUUAUGAAACGCGAAUUCGAAAGACGGGUUGCUUUCGAGAAAAUGAAAAUUUGCAACUAUGUUAUGCUGAUAAGCAUGAUUGGAGAGA